GGGGAUUCCCACGCCCGAACCCUUUAAAUUACUUGAAGCCAAUAAAUCCUUGACUUUGCGAACUUUGGGACUGCGUAAAUAUUGCUUUAUCGGUGACAAACAAUAUUAUUAUUUAGAUGUGGAAUUAAUUGAUAAUAAUGAGAAAACCAAAGCAGGUUCCACUAAAUAUAAGAAAAUAAGAGAUAAAAGUGGCCGCCAAGUAUGA